AUGGUACCUUCACCUUUCCGUCUCUUGCAUCAUAUGGUACCUUCACCUUUCCGUCUCUUGCAUCAUAUGGUACCUUCACCUUUCCGUCUCUUGCAUCAUAUGGUACCUUCACCUUUCCGUCUCUUGCAUCAUAUGGUACCUUCACCUUUCCGUCUCUUGCAUCAUAUGGUACCUUCACCUUUCCGUCUCUUGCAUCAUAUGGUACCUUCACCUUUCCGUCUCUUGCAUCAUAUGGUACCUUCAGCUUUCCGUCUCUUGCAUCAUAUGGUACCUUCACCUUUCCGUCUCUUGCAUCAUAUGGUACCUUCACCUUUCCGUCUCUUGCAUCAUAUGGUACCUUCACCUUUCCGUCUCUUGCAUCAUAUGCCUACCCCCCCUCUCUCUCUCUCUCGUAUCACGCGGCAACUUCACGGUUGUCUCUUGUAUCACGAGGUAACAGCUUCACCUUUUGUCAUUUGUAUCAUAUAG